CGGCGACGUGAAGCAAACAUUAAACACGAUCAGGGCUCAUGUCAUUCAGAGGAGCGCAUGGAUCUUCCUUCACCCAACGGUGCCACCCCGCAUUUGGAUGCUGCGUACUCAGGCAGUAUCUUGAAACAUCCUAGAAAUUGAGGGCGGCGUACAUUCCACCAAAAUACGUCAUAGUGUCUGUCGGAACCAGCCGGAACGAAAAUCCUACGGUUCCUGUCCAGUGCCGGCGAGUGCUGCGUUGUUGGCGAUGGAGCGGUGGAAAGGCAGAGUGGCCCUGGUGACCGGAGCUUCGGUGGGCAUUGGAGCGGCUGUGACCAGGGCACUCGUCCAACAAGGCAUGAGGGUGGUCGGCUGUGCCAGGAAUGUCGACAAAAUUGAGAAGCUCGCGGCAGAAUGUCAGAGCGCAGGAUACAGCGGCACACUGAUCCCCUACAAGUGUGACCUGUCUAACGAGGAGGAGAUCCUCUCCAUGUUUUCAGCCAUCAAAACGCUCCACAAGGGUGUUGACGUGUGCAUCAACAACGCCGGGCUGGCCCACAAUGAACCCCUGCUCAGUGGGAAAACAGAAGGCUGGAGGAAUAUGAUCGAUGUGAAUGUCCUAGCAUUGUCCAUCUGCACCCGGGAGGCUUACAAAUCAAUGAAGGAGAGGAAUGUAGAUGACGGUCACAUCAUCAAUAUCAACAGUAUGAGCGGGCAUCGAUUGGUCCCAAGUGCUGACAAGCAUUUCUACUCUGCCACCAAAUAUGCGGUGACCGCUCUGACUGAGGGAAUAAGGCAAGAACUAAGGGAAGCAAACACCCACAUCAGAGCCACUUGUAUAUCACCUGGGAUAGUGGAGACUGAAUUUGCAUUCCGACACCAUAACAAUGACCCAGAGAAAGCAGCUGCUGUAUACGAGAGUAUUAAAUGUUUAAAAGCAGACGACAUUGCAAACGCGGUCACAUUUGUCCUCAGUGCCCCUCCUCAUGUCCAGAUUGGAGAUAUUCAGAUGAGGCCAGUCGAGCAGGUGUCCUAGCAGUGAAACGGUAGCAAGACCUGCAGGAGGAGCCCAAAAUUCAGCAGCCACGGUGACUCAUUAGCGACCUCUGCUGAGUGCGGGUGGAAGUUGGGUUGAAGUAAUAAAUCGGCUACAUUGGUUUUGGGUGUGGAGGAACUCGAGGAGUCAAGGAGGCUUGGAGGUCAGGGUGUGGACUAAAACCACGGUGAAAAUACUACUGAAUGCAGCCACCGUUUGUUUGUUCACGGAGUCGACUCCCAAGUAUAACAGGAGUCCAUGCUGCGCUGUGUGGACAUUCAUAUGACCAUAACUUUGCAAGAAGACUAUGCUAUUUGACUGCACAUUUUUUUUUCAUAUUACAUAUCUAUUUAAAAUUAAAUGGAAAUGGUAAUUGUGUAUCGAUAUUAAUUAUUUUUUAUUAUUUUUAUAAUUAUGUUGACCUCCUGAUUGAUGAUAGGCAGAUCUGCUGUCAUAGAAAAAUAACCCUAGAGUGUACUGUGGUGUUUUCACUUUAUUUAUCUAUUUAGCAUUCUGUAAGACCUGGCACCUGUACUUACAAUGUCGACAUAUUCACUUAAUUUUUGAUUUAAAUCUGUCCACUUUUUGCUCCUACGUGUGGAGUCAAAAAAGAAGAAAAUAUACAUAGUAAUAAUGCAUGUGCAAUUCCUGCAAUCGGACGUUGGAUACCGUAAUUUCUCGAGUAUAAUGCGCAUAGCAAGUACACCCAACAUUGCCCUCUCAUAGCUGGAUUUUCCUUGUACCUGUGUAUAAUAUUGUUGGUAUCCAUGUUCAAAGAAUGAAGUGCAGUAUUAUCCGCACAGUUGGAGCAACCAGUCGUGCACGUGGUAGAACUCCAGUAGAGUACUCGUGCAUGAGAACUCACAUUCCUAAAAUGAGUCGUUGGUGGUAUAUGUUGGCCUCGUUUCGCCGGCUGGUGUUGUGCUGCGUGGCAGGUGGGAGAAGUUGCAACAUUCGCUAGUUUUUGCAGUGUUGCAAGAAGUUUCCAAAGCGAAAUGUUCAGAGGAAGCCAAUUGGGGGACAUUGUUGUAUUGGAAAGUAGGCAGAAUAUAUCAGAUGAACAGGAAGAGAGCAUUAGCUUCACUCAGCGAGUAUCUUGGCAGACACGUAACACGUUCAUCCGUGAUAUGGAAGCCGAACCAGUUCUUUGGAAGGUUAACAAUUUAUUUGAUCAAUUUUUUUGUAUAGACAUUUGUAACAUUAGACAUACAAUAACAUAUAAUUUUGGAAUUAAAUUACACCUUUCCCCCCCACAAUCCUUUGGUACCAGUAUACAUCUACGCAAUAUGACUUUUUUUUUUUGUUUUCCAUUUUCCUUGUAUCUAUUUAUUGUACUGACCAUGGAUUUUUUGAAUGACAUUUUUUGAAUUUAAAAAAUGGGAUUAUACUCAAGAAAUUAUGGUAACUUCUGUCCUGCACUUUGAAUUAAAUAAUUGCUCAUGAGUUAUUU